AUGUCAGCAGGGGACUUGUACCGUUACUUACCUCUCGACCCGAACGAGAGCAACCGGUCGACUAAGCCCUGUCAGUGUCUGAGCACCCUAUGGCGCCGAGACUGGGUCUACCCCCUGGUGUUUCCCUUGAUCCCAUGCCAUGUACCCCGGCCAGCACAUUUGCUGUCCACAACCCAACAGCUUCAACUUGUAUCCAAAUCCAUGUCGCCGUUCAUCCUCCUCUUCUCCUCCUUCUCCUCCACCACCGUGUACACCCCCAUGCACGUUAAGCUCGUUGGUUCCCCAGCAAGUUGCCAGGGUUCGGUCGAUAAGAAGGCUAUGCCGCCCAUAAGAGGACUACAGUACGCUAGGGCAAUUCAGAAAAAGAAUCAAAUAGACCUGGUCCUCCCGACCUUGCCUAAUAGUCUCUGUCGUGUAAUGACCCGCGGUUACAUUGGAACCAUAGCAGCUUUGCAAGAGAAUCCUAACCACUCCUUUCGAUCACACUUGCUCAUCUAA